AUGGGAGGAACAUUGAUAAAAGAUGAAGAUGCGAGGUUCUGCAAGGAGCAACUUGAUAGUGAGGCAGUUAUUCAAGGCUUUGGUAUGACGGAGGGCUCUCCUAUGUGGUUUAUUACCGGUGAUCAAGCUAUGAUAGACAGAAAUGAUGUCCUCUACAUUAGUGGACGAUAUAAAGACAUCAUCAUUCGUGUGGGUAAGAACUUGGUCCCGUCAAAGAUUGAAUAUUGCCUUCAGGACCUCGGCAUAACUGCUCAAGUGAUUGGCAUCGUGGAUUCCAUAGCUGGCGAGGUUACUGUCGCAGUCUUGCAGUCUUAUCCGAAGGAAGUCACCAAAUCGUAUAUAACCAAAAGUAUAAUCGAUAAUUUGGGUCCGACACAUGCACCCUUUUCUAUUAUAACAUUAGAUGACCUUCAUCUGAAAGCAUUUCUGAUGACUGCGACAGGAAAGAUUCGGAAGGUGGAAUUAAAUGAAAUCGUCAACAAGCAUUUUGCCACAAUCUCAGAAACGAAAAGAACAAACUCCAGCGAGCAAGUAAUUGCUCACUUGCAGGAAAUCUGGGCCGAACUUAUGAACGCAGCCCCAGAUGACAUUUCAGUCGAAGAUGAUGUAACAAAUUUUGCCGAUAGCAUUACAAGAUUGAGGCUUUGCAAGAUCUUGUGGACCAGACUUGGUCAGAGAAUGUACUUGCCAGAUUUAGAGAGAAACAAUACCAUUAAGCAGCAAGCAAAGCUUCUUAUUGACAGAAACUAUCGUGGAGACUCACCUGCUUUGCUUUCAGAUAACGUAAAUUUUAGUGAGAGCCAAAGCAAUCCGACUGCAUCUAAUCAAUCCUGUACGGAAUUACCAGAUUCGAUGCAUGGGGAACUAUGCGCCCAAAUCAUCAUACUUGGGCCGAGGCGGCUGACGCAGGUCCGUGUAGCAUUAGAAAAAUGCCUUCUGACCAGACCGGUUUUGCGUACAAUUUUGGUCGAAGUUUCGGGUGCGGCAGGUGUUCAUGCGGUCCUCUGUCCAUCUCAGGCUGUGUACGACAUAUUGAUCUCGCAAAAGAGUGUCUUUCACGAGUCAGAAAACCAAGAAUAUCUCAUUGAUGAUUCCGAUCAAAACUUUGAAGAUCGAAUGUUCCAAGCUAUAAUUACAGACGUUGAGGGCGUAAAUACAUCAGCAUUGAUCUUGGCUCUAAAUCAUUCCGUCUUUGAUGCAUUGUUCGCCUAUGGAUUUUCACUCGCCCUUUCAGAUGUUAACUUUCAUAUUAGGAGGCUUCGAGGCAUUUCGAGAAUUACCGAAGCUCUAUGGCCACCAAAACGAGCUCCUGGUUGGAUGGUUGGGAAUGAAAAAAGAUCGAAAGAUUUUAUCACCCGUAAUAAUAAAAGAAGGAAGCUUAACAUAAAUUCGCAGCCAAGACUAAGACUCACGAAAAUGCAGGAUCAUCCUGGUAUUGAGCGACUUCGGAUGCAGCACUUUAUCCAAGCACCAGUCAUCGUUAAAACUGCUAUCUCCAUUCUCAACGUCAUACAAACGGGAGAGCCGCAUGCAAUUUUCAAGAGCUUCGACGCAGGUCGUAAUUGGCCAUUCCUACCAGAGUGGAUUGCAGAUCGCCUGCCUCCUGCCAUGAGCAUUGAUGGCCCCACUUUGACUCGGAACAUGAAUAUGAUACAGAUCAAGCCAAAAGAAACUUGUGGUGAACUUUUAACAAGAAUCAGCGAAGACGAGAAAGCAUUGAGUUCGCACGCUCACGCACCAUGGUUCAAAAUUCUGAGGAAGCUAGGCGAAGACGAGGGGCCUAUUGUGACAGAGGCUGCGAUGCGACAAGUAUUCAAUUGGGAUUUAAGCCUGAGAUAUCUCGAUUCUAGUGUUGGAGAUUGUUCGAAUCUGAAACCUUUGGGAAGAAUGGACUGGCCUGACUGUGGCUUUUUCUGGAACUGCGGUAUGGCAAGUGCGGAACGCUUCUGCUGUGUGGUAUCCUGGGACGACACGCAAAUAGAUGUCAAUGACAUCAACGGCUAUGUGAGCAAAUUGCUCGAGAUGAUCGGGUGGAUCACAAACUCUAAGAAUUGGAACAAUUUGGUGUCGAGCUUUCAAGAGUUUCCGAUGAUGACGUAA